CAGAUAUAACUGCUUUUGAAAUCGUUGGAUCAAUUAGAAAUGACAUGAAGAGCCUUUUCCCACCCACAGAGUCUUCUACUACUCUAUGGCAGGCAGACUCUAUGCUUCAACAGAGUGAUGAGAAAACCUCAGAGUACACUGAGGCCACACCCAAAGGCUCACAGUCUGGUUUGGAAGUAUCUGAGAAGAAGAUCUGGACAACUGCAAAGACUAUUUACCACAAUGUGAAGACAAAGAUGAGGAAUUAUUUUACAUGGCAAAAUCAAGUCAAAGCAACAACGGCUCAAGCCAAAAAGACCCUCAGCCAUAUUCUGGUUUCAAUUCAGAAAGAGCUGUCAAAAUCUGACCAAACGGUGACUGCGCUUUCACAAAUAGAGAAUGUGGUUGGAAUGAUGCUGAAGGAUGUUGAAAGGGUAAGCAGUGAAUGUGGUGAGGAACUGAUCUAUCAAGCGCCACAGCGUUCUUCCUCCUCGUUGUCAUCCUCAUCUGCCAGAUCAAAGAAGUCAGAGUGGGAAUUUUCACUCCCUGGCACUCCCAUCUCUUCUGAUUUACCAGAGAGUAUUACUCAGCCCAUUGUGAGAUGCUCAGUCAUCGACACGGGCAAAUCUACUAAGCCAAAAACAUUGGUGUGUGAUGCCAGGGAAAGCAUGUCUGCAAUAGUGGAUACCAUCAUAAAGGAGGUACAUCCAGAGGAAGAAGGGGAGGUUGCAUUCCACCCUGAUCUAACAGCUGCAAUAGCAAGACUGGAGGAGCUCAUAUCUCAGGGUAGGAUUGGUGCUCUCUCACGUGAUCUUACUCACCAAGUGAACCGCAUCAUUUCUGAGAGCAACUUGACCCCUCUGGUUCUGACAGUGGCGGCUGGAAAGAGUGCCUCCGAUACAGUCCUUACUGAGCUGAAGAGGAAUGACAAGACGGUGGGGAAGCCCACAGCUUACAAGCUGGUUCAGCUUUUUGCAGAGGAGUCUGUGAAGCGCCUCUUGCUUCCUAGCCUUGUGCCCUCUACAGCUUCAAUGAGUCUGGCUCAGGGAGUUAGUGUGCCGGCUAGCGUAUCUGAAGAUUGGAUUUCAUGUUCUUUUUCUACAUCAGCAUUUAGUGACACAGUCAUCCUGUUUACCAAAGUAAUGGUAAGCCAGGUCAUGGACUCUGUGGUUUCUGAUGCACAAAGCAGAGGGUCAUCUCCAACCGGAACUGUAACUGAUAUAGGCAGUCUACUGAGUGGUAAGUCCUACCCUCUGCCAUCUUUCUCCGCCAUCAGCAUGACAACAAGUGGGACCUCCAAUGCUGCGGCCAACAUAGAUGCUGAGGAAAGGGAUACCAUCAGUUGUUUCGGUGUACCUCAGAGCAUUGUUUGUGAUCAGAAUUCAACCAGCCCGGAUGUUGCCUCGCUUUCAACCCCAUCCACUGACAACUUAGUCGGUGAUGAUGACUUCACCGGCCUCAUCAGCAUGUUAGUGGUGAGACUUCUGUCAAAAAUCCAAACCCAAACGGAUCUGUACCCAACUGACGUCACACGCACGUCACAAGACCUGAUUCCAAAAGUUAUAGCUGCCUUCUGUGCAUGGUCAGGCUGCUCUGAGACCCAAGCUUAUCCCAAGAACCUGAAGAGUCACAAAGUAUACAGCACCGUCUACAAACAUCUGUUGAAGGAGUUUGGCUCAGAGAAAAUACUCCAACUGGCCGUGUCGACUCAGGACUCCACAUUCAAUAGGAUUCUUGUGAAGUCAUUGAGCAAGGAGCUUCUCCACAGUUGUAACGAGGCAUCAAGAGCAGCCUCAAGAACAUCUUUCGAAGCCACCAGGCCAGAAGCUCUUCUCAUGGCUGAAGAUGUGAAGGCUACCAGAGGGAAGCUGUCUUUCCUACAAAGGCUUGCCAGACUGAAAUUCGACUUAAAGCCAUUCAUGAUGGGAAACAAGAAGGAUUCCAAGAAGAAUUCCUGCCCUUCUGUAUCUCAAGACCAGACUACUGCUGAAGAUAUCAUGUCUUUUACCUUCGACAUCAACAAGCGACGCACGGGCUGGUCCUGCAGACUCCCACGCCCAUGGCCCAGGAGAAGGCUGGGGGCCACCUGCUCACUCACGUCCCAGCCAUCUCCUUUGAGACCAACUCUACUGUGGAGUGCACCUCCAAGAGGACUCUUGAAGAGAGGGACCGGGUGAAGGUUAAACUGGCCAACAUGGCCUUGAUGGGAAGGAUCAAAAAGUCUUGGCUGUGAAAUGCCAAUUAUGUGUGAUUAUCGAAUUUAUAAUUUUCCACUUUUGAAACAAUGGGAAAGACAGGGUUUAUAGCAAAGGUUGCUCAGAUUGGGCUUUUGGAAAAGGAUGGAGGAUGAAAGUGCACUCCUGAUUCAGAGAGAAAGAUCCAGCUUACUUUCAAUAACUCAAUAAAUGUAAGUGUUGGAACCAUACAUAGCUGGUAACUUGAGCUCGGCAGAGUAGUUUUGACCUGUGUCCAGAUGCAGUCAUUUAUGUUGU